AUGAAGCGGGACCGGCUGGGCCGCUUCCUGUCGCCGGGGCCGCGCGGGGGCGGCGGGGCCGGCGGGGGCCGGGCGCGGGGACGUCCCUGCCGAGGCGGGCCGCGCGCGGACUGGCCAGAGGCCUCGGCGGCGCCGCCGGGCUGGGGGGACGCGGGCGACGGCGGCGCCGAGGAGCCAGGAGCAGGCCGGGCUAUGGCUGUGGGGCACUGCCGCCUGUGCCAUGGGAAGUUCUCCUUACGGAGCCUGCGGAGGAUCUCAGCCUGUGCCCCCGGAGGACGCUUUUUUGUCAGGGACUUCCAGGGCCUAUUGGGGGUGGCUGUGCGCCAGGAUGCGGCCCUGUCUCCAUUUGUCUGCAAGAGCUGCCUCGGCCAGUUCUACCAGUGCCAUGGCCUCCUCACGACCUUCCUGCAGAGGGUCAAUGUCUCCCCAGCAGGCCCCCGCCAGCCACGUGCCCAGGCCGGUGCCCAGUCCCUGACAGGGCCGGAGGAGGAGUCAUGUCUAGGGGACCUUGUGAACCCGGGAACCCAGGGCCUGUAUGGCUUGGUGGGCUGGGUGCACGGACAUGCAGCUGGCUGCGGGGCCUUGCCAAGCCUUCAGCACACGCUCUCCUCGGGGUACUGCGGUUCACUCCAGACCGUGUGGGCCUGCGCCCAGGGCCACCGCUACACCAUGGACUCAGAUACCAGCUGUGGGGCUCUCCUACUGGAUAGCUCGCUGGCUGUGAAGUGUGCCUGGGACAAGGAGCUGGGUGCCCAAGCCAGCCAGCACCGGGGGCCCAACCCCACGGGGGCUGCCCCACAGACCUCCCCAGGUCGUUCAGCCUUGGCCACUGGGGCAGAGACUGAGAUGCAGCCCAGGAUGGACACGGCUCAGCUGCCUUCUGACAGCAGCCCGAUGGGUCCUGGACCAGGUCCCCCACUUCAGCCAAGCCUCCCCUCAAGAGGGGGUCAAGGGCAGUUGGGGGAGACGCAGGUCCCGUCUUCAGCCUCGGAUGAUCGGGUAAAAGACGAGUUCAGUGACCUUUCUGAGGGAGGCUUCCCGAGUGAGGACGAGGCCGACAGGAGGCAGCCACCAUCCUCAGAUGAGUCCUUCGAGCCUUACCCAGACAAGAGGCUCUCUGCUAAGAAGGGCGAAAGCAAAGAUACCAAGAAAUCUGAAGAACCAAGAAUCCGAAAGAAACCAGGCCCCAAGCCAGGCUGGAAGAGCAAACUGUGCUGUGAGAGGGAGGAGCUGCCCACCAUCUACAAGUGCCCACACCAGGGCUGCACAGCUGUGUACCGUGGGGCUGAUGGCAUGAAGAAACACAUCAAGGAAUACCACGAGGAGGUGCGUGAGCGGCCCUGUCCCCACCCGGGCUGCAACAAGGUCUUCAUGAUCGACCGUUACCUGCAGCGACACUUGAAGCUCAUUCACACAGAGGUUCGGAAUUACAUCUGUGACGAAUGCGGGCAGACAUUCAAGCAACGCAAGCACCUUCUGGUCCACCAGAUGCGCCACUCAGGAGCCAAACCCCUGCAGUGUGAGGUGUGUGGGUUCCAGUGCCGGCAACGGGCAUCCCUCAAGUACCACAUGACCAAGCACAAGGCAGAGACGGAGCUGGACUUUGCCUGUGACCAGUGCGGCCGGAGGUUUGAGAAGGCUCACAACCUCAAUGUGCACAUGUCCAUGGUCCACCCACUGACUCAGGCUCAAGACAAGGCCCUGGAGGCCCAGCCAGGGGCUGUAAAGGCCGAGCCUACCUGAGUAACAGCCCCCACUCCCAUCUGAUGGUGGGACCAGCAGGUAUUUUUCUAUGAGCACUGAGUGGCUGUGGCCAGAUUGACAAUACCAAUCCCUCUCCCCUCUAAAGCCAUCCAGGAGUUUUAUAAUCAUUUUAGUGCGACAGCAGCCCGGUGUUUCACUUGUAAUAAAUUAUUUACAAGGA